GUGAUGUUUUGAUAUUUGGACGCAUAUAACAAAAUUAAAAUGGGAUUUUUAUACAUUCUCAGUUGGAUAUCUUUGGCCAUACAGAUAGCGUUUAUCACAUUGUCAAUUGUUGCUGGUCUUUACUAUUUAGCUGAGCUGGCUGAAGAGUACACAACAUCAGCACGACGUGUGAUAUUGUUUAUGAUAAGUUUUACAAUUUUCGUGUACAUCUUGUUAAUAUUGUUCGAGGAUUUCCCUUGGACUAUGAUGCUAUGCGGACUAGGAGCGCAAGUUUUCCACCUCAGCAUAAUGAACAGUUUCCCUUUUAUACGAUUAUUAUCAGUGCCCUUCAUUGGUUCGGUCUGCAUGCUAAUCGUUAACCAUUUGCAGGCGUUUUAUUAUUUUACGAGUUACUAUGUCCCUUUUACUCAGGUUCUCGCCUAUUUCACCAUUUGCAUGUGGAUCGUGCCUUUCGCGUUGUUUGUUUCGCUUAGCGCCAACGAUAACGUGCUGCCCACCGUGAAUGACAAUCGGUUUGGCAGCAGUCCAGAUGUGGUUACAAAUUAUUUUGCGCGUAACAAAAAGCAGGGACUGCUUUCAUUGUUCAACUAUAUGAAAGACACAUUGCUUCCAGCACGGAGCAAGAAAUCAUUUUAAACACCCGAAAACAAAAAGACUCAGUUAAUGGGAACGGGGUGCUAUUGGCUACUCUGCAUUGUGUGAGAGGACUCUGUAACACUAAGUUAUUUAUUUUGUAAUAAAAAUCUUUUGUAGAUAACUAGAACUCCUUAA